AUGAGAAGCGAUUCAAACGACGUCUCUGCUAGCAUUUGGCUAGACGGUGACAUUAUGCCGACAAAUGAGCGAGCUGUGAUCGGUACUGGCGAAAAAUUGGUUCGACGGAAACUUGGAUCUCCGAAAUGUGUGGACACCAGAAAUGUCACGGUGUUCAGUCAGUCAGAAUGGAAGCGUUUGAAAGAUCAAAUUCAUGGCGAUGUGAAAGAGAUCGAACGAAUCGAGCAGAAGCGCAAAGCUCAAGAGGAGGUUCACAAAAGCUCACAGGAAAUGGGAGCCAGACAGAAGAAAUUAGAUGAUCGAGCCAAACGCUUGGCCAAAGAAGAAGAGGCCAAAGUCGCAAUUGAUUUGGAAGAGGCCAAAUAUCAGGCGCAGCAGAGAAAAGCCGCAAUAGAUGAGGCUAAAUUGAAAAUUUACUAUCAGACAGAUAGAAUUAAAACAUUUCACUCAGCUCUCGCCUUAACUGAAGUGCUCAAAGAGCGUGAGGCCCAGAUUGAAUUUAAAAAUUUGUGCAAAAAAUUGGAUGAGAACAAGGAUAAAGUGUAUGUGGAACGAAUGAAAAGGGAAAUAGAAGAGGGUAAAAUUAUAUUUAUUGAGCUGAUUAUGACUGUGUGUGAAGAGGACGAACAAUGUCGAUUGUUUGCCGCAGCUAAAAAGAAAAUGAUUGAAAUGAGAGUUUUACGCGAACGAGCCAUGUUCAAAGAGCGUGAGGAACAAUUGGAGAAAAUUCGCUUGAGUCUGGCUGAACAGAUGGCCGUGGCAAAACGAGAUGAAGAAGAACGAAUUAGUAAAGCAAUAGCUGAACGCGAGGCGGCCGAAAUGCAAAAAGAACAAGAAAAGGCGAAGAAACUGGCCGAGAUGUUGACUGAAAUCGAAAAGCAUCGUGUGUCUCAAAUUCAACAGAAACGCAAAGAGAUGGAGGUAGAGAAAAUGGCUGAACUGGAAGAGGUUCGGGUUCGCGCGGCGGCGGAACGUGCAAUAACGGAAUAUGAGGCCGCUUGUUCCGAAGCGAAACUGAAAAGAUAUCGAGAACUGAGUGAAGAAUAUUUGCAACAAACAAAUAAAAAGCAGGAAGAGAAAAAAGCAAGUAGAGUAAUUGAUGCUCAAACAUACCGUACCGGGAACCGAUUGGCUCAAAUCGAAGAGGAAGUAUUUCAAGAUUAUACCAGACGAGUUAUCGAUCAUUGUAAAGCAAACGGGCGUAAUAUAUAUCCGUUAGAAGUAGCCGCUAGGCCCACGGGGAACAUCGGACUGGGAUCUUCAUUGCCGGGUGAGGUGAGUAUUGUGAACUUAGCACAAGUUCAAGGUGACGCUGUGAACUCGGACAACAACAACAACAACAGCAAAAGUGGCGACAAGAACAACAACAAUGCGGUCCUGUCGAGGAAAACUUCACCAUCCACGAAAAACGGGAAAAAGAAUGCAAAAGACCAACCGGGAACAAACAAGCGCUUAGGUUUUGUCUGGUAA